AUGGCUGACUUCAUCCCGGAGAAUGGGCUCAACACUUCCGCAUGGGGAGCACCCAUCUCGCCUCUUCCGCAAUCAAGCAGCAGGCCCGCAAGCCUCCACGACAGGCCACAAAACUUAUCUCAUACCCUCCGCCCACACUCCCGAGUCGACCCCAAUGCCUUUCCUUCAAGUCGGUUUGGCGGCGGCUUGUCCUCCUCCCACAACAGCGAACGAAUCCCAGCGCCGUUGAGCGUGCUCGUUCAAGGCACGAAAGUCUCUCUACCCCAUUAUCACGACGAAUGCCGCAUACUUGGAAGCAGCGUCCGGUACUCCCUAACGGACUGGCGCAAACGGGAAGCCUCGCAGGCGCUGCAAGAUCCUGUUGCGGUCCAACGGUACUUCCUGACGGACUACGAUGUGAAGGAGGUGUUCGACAUGGAGGGCCGUCUUGUUAGCACCGCGCGAGGGAAAGGGUAUCCGGAAAUGCUGUCGAUGCUGUGA